CCAACCAAACGGAUCUACACAACUUCAUCGGGUGAGGACAAGCUUUUGGCUUUAAUGACCUAAGGACCUAAGAACUUUAUAUUUUAGAUUUAUAUCUGCCUGAUAUAGGAUUGAACAGUUAUGUCUCCCUUCACAAAACUCAUUUUGGAUAGUUUGAUGAAAUGUUGACAGUUGUGUGGGUCUGCUUUGAUCAGCAGUAUGUUGUGUCAUGUUCCCAAACAGGUUGGAGACAUAUCUUUAGGUAAGAUGGCAGUAGCUGCACUGGGCCGACCUUUCACCUUAGGGAUGCUCUAUGACGCUCGGAAAGAUGAACUAAUCCCAGGCUUCACCUUGUGGGAUGGUAAAACUCUACAAGAGAACACAACUGAAACAUCUCAGCAAAGCAGUGGCUUUCAGAUUACGGCUUCUGACUCCAUUGAAUCCAAGUCCUCUCUGCUGGAGGUUGAUGCUUCUCUGAAGGCAAGUUUCCUGGGUGGAUUGAUUGAAGUUGGAGGAUCUGCCAAGUACCUGAAUGACCAAAAGGAAUUCAAAAACCAGAGCAGAGUGACGUUUCAGUACAAAGCUACCACCAACUUCAAGCAGUUGUGCAUGACUACACUUGCAAAACUGGAAGAGCAACACAUAGAUGUUAUUGAGAAGAGCUCGGCAACACAUGUGGUCACUGGCAUCCUUUAUGGAGCAAAUGCUUUCUUUGUAUUUGACAGUGAGAAGUUAUGUGCUGGUAGCAUUAACGGCGUCGAGGGCAGCAUGGAAGCUGUAAUAAAGAAGAUUCCAUCAUUUGAUAUUCAGGGGAAAGUUGACAUCAAGCUGACUGAAGAAGAAAAAGCGCUGACAAACAAAUUCUCCUGUAAAUUCUACGGUGAUCUCAUUCUUGAACGCAACCCUGCAACAUUUGCAGAUGCAGUGAAGAUCUAUGUAGACCUUCCAAAUCUACUGGGAGAAAAGGGCGAGAACACUGUUCCACUGAAGGUCUGGAUGAUGCCAUUGAAGAAUUUUGAUAUAAAAGCUGCUGAGUUGAAGAGUGAGAUCAGCAUUGGAAUAGUGAGGAAAGCUGAAGAUGCUCUAGAAGGUUUUAGACAGAUAAACAUGAGAUUAAACGAUUCUCUGGCAGACAGCGUCUCAGAGAACUUUCCAGAGAUUAGCAAAACUCUAAAAAGUUUUAAAAAACUGUGUAAUAAUUUCACAUCUUCGCUUCAGCAGGCCAUUAAGAAGACACUUCCCUCCAUCCGUGAAGGCAAAGAAGAUGAGAGCUCAUUGAAGAAACUCUUUGAAGACAGAGACAAGUCACUAUUCAGUCAUGAAAAACUAAGCAAGUGGCUGGAUCACAAAGAGAGAGAGAUCAAUGUCAUUAGGUCCUGUGUAGACAUGAUGGAGGGAACAAACACAAAAAUCGUCCCAAAUCAGUCAGAGUUGGAUAGAGAGGUUCUUGCUUCAGGUGUAGAAGACGCUCUGUGCUAUGUCUUCACCUCUCUGGAAAGUGCUGACCCCUGCCUUGAUGCGAUGACCACCUACUUGCAUUCACUUGAAUUAAGAAGUACUGAUGAGGACCACUGGUACUCAGAUGAAGUGUUAAUUAAAAUGAGAGAAAAAGCCAAAGCUUUCCAUGAUCUUGCCAAACCUCUGAAGAACAGCAGCACUGUCCGUUUUCUAGCAACAGCCAUAGCAAAUGAGAAACACAAAGGAGCGACCAUCUACCAUUACAAGGAGGGCAUUCUGGUCACUGAUGACUUUUCAAAGCCUGCCGUCCCUCCUGUGAAGACGAUCACAGACAAAAGUGCUUUAAUGUGGUAUGCCUGUGAUCUCCACCUGGACCCAAACACAACAAGCGGCUGGCUCACUCUGUCUGAUGGAAACAAAAAAGCAACCUAUGGAGAAUGGCAGGAGUAUCCUGAUAACCCUGAGAGAUUUGAUUCAUCACCUCAGGUUUUGUGCAAAGAGGGGCUUGAUGGGCGCCAUUACUGGGAGGUAGAGUGGUAUAAUACUUAUGACAAUGGCGUUGGUGUGGGUGUAACGUACAAUAGAAUUGCAAGGAAAGGAAAAGGUUCUGAUGUUGAGUUGGGAUGUAAUAAAGUAUCCUGGUAUUUUGGUGUAAAUACAGCACUAACUGCACAGCAUAAUGGAGAACUUUGGAAGAGUUCGGAUUCCUCUUCUGGCCAUAGAAAAGUUGGAGUGUAUCUGGACUGGCCUGCUGGCACUCUGUCCUACUACGAUGUGUCCUCCAACAAACUGAGUCACCUCUGCACCUUUACUUCUGAAUUCACUGAGCUUCUUUACCCAGCCUGCUACAUUCAUGAUAAACCUGGCUUUGUGUUCUUUUGCCCAAUUGACUAAGAGCAGUAACACAGUGAUUGUUACAUCCCCGAAUAAAAAUACAGGGGAUGUCCUUUUUCAUGAGUGAACUUGCUACCUAAAUCUGAAACCUCCACAGAGCCUGCCUAAGUCAAACCAUACCUGUGUAUCUUCUGGAGCAUGUCAUGCUCGAGGCGUCUUGAAAGGGGGAACUUCAGUGGCUAGAGCCCUGAAAUGCCUAACUUUGUCAGAGAAUUUGAUCUCUACCUAGGAUUUAGCUCCCCAAAUUAAAAUACAGGGUAUGAGGGGAGUAACAGUGAUGUUACCCGGGGAAUGACAAAAAACGACAAGGUAAACUGAGUUAGAUUAACACAAAAUUAGGUUUUUUAUUUCUCAAAAGAGGAAAGCACAGACAACUAAACUGAUUAACUAGAUAAAAAAACAAAUAAAAGGUAACAUCAAAAAAGAAGACAUUGAGAACUAAGAGCCGAAUAGCCCAUUGUCACUGUCUGCUGUAUCCCUUGCCCUUCUAACUGCUAACCAACAAGUGGGUGCUGGUAUUAUGUUAUGGGUGCAGCCACACACAUCACUGUACAGAGAUGGCAGGGUAGAACCUAAUAGAGGAAACAGAAACAUGUGGGGAAAAAAGGAAACACAACCCACUCCACCCAUAACAGUGAUGAAUUAAGUAUUGAUCUGUCUUUGCUGUACUACUCUCAAAACUCAAAUCAUUACUUUGUACUUCUGACCUGGAGAAAGUCAUUCAUGCAUUCAUAUCAUCCCGCCUUGAUUACUGUACUUCAUUAUACUUUGGUAUCCUGCAGUCCAGUUUAUCCCAUCUCCGAAUCAUUCAAAAUGCUGCAGCAAAAGGUUCUGACGAAAUCAAAAAAGAGGGAUCAUAUCAUUUCCAUUCAUGCCUCCCUGCACUGGCUUCCUGUUAAGUACAGAAUUGAAAUGACCCUAACUCUAACGAUUGUUUACAAGGCUAUGAAUGGACUCGCUCCCCUGUAUAUAACAGUACUCCUGUCCCCAUACCAUACUGGCAGAUAACUGAGGUCAUCUGACCAGACACUUUGUCCACAGAUCCAGGACUAAGUGCUAUGGGGACAGAGCCUUCUCCAUUACUGCCUCAAAACUGGAAAUCUCUUCCUCAUUUCUAUCUUCUCCAUUGAAACUUUCAAGAAAACCCUUAAAACUUACUUUAACUCCCUAGUA